AUGUCGAAAUCACUACAGUGGGAUAAUCUCGAUUUUUCCUUACUUCCUUGGAUAAGGACCGGACUAGAUGUCAUGGGUUUUGAGACCAUGACCCCAGUCCAGGCAUCUACAAUUCCCAUGCUUGCUGGCAAUAAGGAUGUGGUAGUGGAUUCUGUGACAGGCUCCGGUAAGACCGCAGCCUUUGUUAUACCUAUACUAGAAAAAAUCGUUAAGGAAGAAGCAAACACAUUUAAAUUCAAAAAGGCGCAUUUCCAUUCAUUGAUUAUUGCUCCAACGAGAGAACUAUCACGCCAAAUUGAGACAGUUGUUUUAUCAUUCUUGGAGCAUUACCCUUCUGACUUGUUCCCUGUUAAAUGUCAACUUCUGGUUGGUACCAAUGAAGGUUCAGUCAGAGAUGAUGUGAGCAUCUUUUUGGAGAAUCGACCUCAAAUUUUGGUUGGGACACCUGGUAGGGUUUUGGACUUUCUGCAAAUGCCAGCAGUGAAGACGUCAGCAUGCAGUAUGGUGAUUUUGGAUGAAGCAGAUAGAUUAUUGGAUAUGAGUUUUAUCAAGGAUAUCGAGAGAAUACUGAGGCUAUUGCCUAAGCAAAGGAGAACAGGCCUAUUUUCCGCAACUAUGCGUAGUGCAGGAUCGGAUAUCUUCAAGACAGGGCUUAGAAAUCCUGUCAGGAUUACAGUGAACUCUAAGCACCAAGCUCCUUCUUCUUUGAAAUUAGAUUAUUGUGUCGUAAAUCCUCUGGAAAAACUACAACUCUUAGUCAGCAUUUUGAAUAACUAUAAAUUCAAGAAGUGUAUUGUAUACUUUCCCACAUGUGUAUCAGUCUCUUAUUUCUACUCAUUUAUCCAGCGUUUAUCAAAGAAGAACAUUCUAAUUAGUGAACUAGAAGUGUUUUCCUUGCACGGAAAACUUCAAACUUCGGCAAGAACGAAGACUUUGGCAUCUUUUACUGAAUCGCUAAACAAUUCCGUUUUGUUCACUACGGAUGUAGCAGCUAGAGGUAUUGAUAUACCCGAGGUGGAUUUGGUUAUCCAGCUUGAUCCUCCGACCAAUUCGGAUAUGUUCAUGCAUAGAUGUGGUAGGACUGGUAGAGCAAAUAGGAUUGGUAAAGCUAUCACAUUUCUGAAUAGAGGAAGGGAAGAGGAUUUUGUUCCUUUCAUGCAAGUCAAAAAUGUAGAACUUGAAGAGGCUGAUUUAAAAGUAAAGGGUAUGGUAAAGAAUUUCUAUGACAUCUUCAAAGAAUGGGUUCUUGAGGAUCGCGACAGAUAUGACAAAGGUGUCAGAGCAUAUGUUGCUUUUAUCAAGUAUUAUUCAAAUCAUUCCGCAAAUUCGAUUUUUAGACUUCAGUCCUUAGAUUAUGUUGGUAUUGCAAAAAUGUAUGGUCUUUUCCGUUUACCUUUAAUGCCUGAGAUAACAAAGUACUUAAUCACUGAAAAGCAAGAAGAGAUUUUUCCAGGAAAUUGGUUAGUAGAUCCCCCAAUAAUCAUGGAUGAAUACAGAUACAAGGACAAAAAACGUGAAAAGCAGAGGCAAGAAGCUCUGAAAAACAUAAAUCUGAUAAACGAUAAAAAGAAACUGAAAAGUGAAUUAAAGAGGAAGAACUUAGCUUGGUCAGAUAAAACAUCAACGAAGGAGCAAAAACUGAAAAGAAAGGAAAAAAUGAGUCUAAAAAGGAAGGCGAUAGAGGAAGAAUUAAAAGCAGAAGAACUCAUCAAAAAUGAUGAGGAGAAGCAUACUCAAGAGGACUGGAAAGAAAUUGUUUUGCAAGGUAAGCGGAGGAAAGCUUCCAACAAUGCCAUUCAAGGAAGUUUUGAUGAUCUGUAA